AUGGGGCAGUGUGUAUCGAGCAGCAAUGCUGGCGCAGGCAGCAGCGCUGCCGAAAGGUCUGACGCUCGCUGUCAAACUCCCGGCUGCCAGAGAGUCUGCGAUCCAGGGUCCAAAUCACGAUAUUGCGCUCAACAUGCCGUCUGUAGACGGCAAGGAUGCGUGAGGCCUCGAUAUCGCAAGGGCCCAUAUUGUCAGGAACACAUGUGUAAGUAUACGUGUCGAGUCUCCAGAUGUCCCAAUAAUCAAGCCAAACUUCACGAUGCGCGAUUUACCAAUCAUUUAUGCUGGGACCACCAACCCCACGAAGUCCAAGAUGCGUACCUGCUCGGAUACCUGUUUGGCGGGGAAGAUAUCCACGCGGCAAACGCAAACGAGCCUCAGCAACAACAGGAACAGCGCAGCAGGCGCAGGCGUUCUCGUCAGAAGCCAAAGCCCGCACCGGCCGCAACGCAACCUACAAUCAUAGCCGAGCCUCGACACCAGGCAUCCGAAGACCCCUCGUCAAGUUCAGACGACGACGAUGUCAUAGUCGCAGCCCACCAACUGUCCACCAUAGGGGAGGAACCGGAAAGAGAAGACACCAUGCGCUCAACGCAGAAAUCUCGAAAGCCUGGAACAGCGCCAGGAACAGCGUCGGGAACACCGACGGCUCGUCGGAGUCAGAAGACGGUUCACUUCGCAGAUCCUGCCCCUCGAGCCUCCGCAGCCGCCGAGAAACCACCCGUCGAGACGACGGCGGAUACUUGGGUUGCGGAGCCCCUUUCCUCGUCCGCGGCAGCCCGUCUUCGAACCUCCCACCACCGGCGAAGCCUGGACGGACGGUCCGGAUAUCGGUCUUCGCCAAAAACGUCUGGCACUCUCGCCGCUCCGGCUGCGAAUAAUCGUGAGAGGCGUUAUAGUACCGGCAGUGCCCCGAAGUCUGCCGACGUCAAGCGGACAACGAGAACGAGGGCCAGCCGCUGA